AUGCCAGACACAGUGGACCCUUCUGGACUGGUUGAGAGAGUGCAAGAACUCACUGACCUCGAGCUUGCAAUGCUUCUGAGCCUUGUGGCUGGUCAGCAUUGUAUCGUAGCAGCAGAGCAAGAUGACUUGGACUCACUGGAGCAGGAACUUCAGCUUAUCGCUUCCAAUGUCUUUGCCUUAUAUCAUACUGUGCUUCAUUGCAACCAUUCAACCACCCUGGAAGACUUCAGGGAUGGUAUCCUUAUUGACAGCAAACCCAGUGACUGGUUAGACAAUGGGGAACUGGGAACAAGCAUGGAUUCAGACCAGUCGUCGCGAAGGCAUUAUGGGCCGGCAAAACGCCGCUCUGCGAGUCCGAUACAACCAAUCCGCACAAAGCAAAAUGAGAGGCAACAAGAUGAUCGAAGUAUCGCCAACGUUGUCCUGAUCACGGGCCUAUCUUUAGCGAGCGAAGAUAUACAAAUUCAAGCUCUGGAACUCUUGCGCACCAAACGCAUAUUCACCCAUACCGCUAUUCAUACAGCACCAAAGACGUUUCUUCUUGUCCUGGUCACCUCGAGUUCAGAGCCUCGUCUCAACCAUCAUCUGCGCGACCACAUCUUCAUAUCGCAUUACCAUAGUCAAGAAGACGGAUUUGCCAACCUAGAAGAAGCCUCUGAGUGGAUAGAAGACGAUCACGCCUCCGUCUCUUCCGUCAUCCAUCGAUCCAGUGCUCAGUACUCAUCAGACAUAGUACCGCCGCACAGUUUCACGCAACAAGAGAUCAGACAAUUAGCCGAAGUGAGCGAGGAUAUCAACUUGACGGCCGAAAUCAAGGCGUAUCAGCAAAAUAUUAUCACAUUCCUUCGAUUGCAUCGAGCGGUUGGUAGCGGGGUAUCGCCUAGAGCAACUCAGCACCUCACCAAUCUUGUCCAGUAUCUUGCUAUCAUACACGGUCAAUCAUACGUGUCCCCGUCUCUAGUUGCACUUGCUAUACGCAAGAUCUACCCCCAUCGCGUCACAAUAAUUGGGCCCGAAGCCGAACGAAGCAUUCAAUACGGGAGCGAUUUUCAAGCGGCGUCUGCUGUUCUCAAGGGAUAUGAUCCAUCGCAAGUGAUCGAAGAAGUCCUAGCAUCGGUAGAUACACCGAUUUAA